AUGUGUCACAAGGCCAUCUGCUCUACUUCAGGUACAGAUCUUGGAGAAGCCUGCUCUGUUCCCUGCUCUUCCCCUCAACCUCUGGAGGAGGAGGAGGAGGAGGAGGAGGAGGAGGAGGAGGAGGAGGAAACAGGUUCCAGGAACUGCAAACCAAUGAAACGGGCUGCAUCCAGUGAUCUGGAGCCACUGGAUCUCUCACGGCCACCAUCACUGUCAGCUGCAGUUCGUGCUGGCAAUGUUGACGCUGUCCGUAAACUGCUCGCAGAAGGACGGAGGGUAGAUUCUGUCGAUGACGAUGGCUGGACACCAUUGCAUGAGGCAGCUGCAUCAGGACAUGUUGCAUGUGCUGUACUGCUGCUGAGUCACGUGAGCGGCGGCGGCGACGACGACGACGACGACGACGACGACGACGACGACGACGACGACGAUAAACCCUGUGGAGGCCUGGGAAAAGAAUAG